AUGCAGCGCGCCUCACCAAAGUUGGCGGCGGACCUGGAAAACCGCACCACUUUUUUGGUGCAGCUGCGGUCUCUGCUUACGCAGGCCCAAAACAUUGUAAGGAGAAGCCAAAAGUGCAAGCUGCAGGACCUGCAGGUGGGCUUGGAGGUGUGGGUGCGGGAGGUGGGCGAGGUGGGGACACCACACCCGUCCAUUUGUGCUCCAACCCCUGGUGGCUCCGUCGCACCAUCGCACGACCGGGACCCGCUCCAGUCAAGCUCCCCCGACGUAACCGGGGGAAUAGAUGACAGCAACAAAAACACUGGCAGCGGCAGAAGCCCAUUAACCCCGCCACAGCUGGCCUCAGUCUUGACGUCGGUCACGGCACCCCCGAGUGCACGAUCGCUUUGUGGAGAUGCCCUCUCCUCUACGGUGGACAUGGGGAACAGCGCGAGCAACAAAAUGCUUCACGGUUCAGUGAGCGCUAGCUUUGCUCUGUCCAGCGAUUUUGAGACGCGCAAUCUGGAGGACUUUGCAGAGUUUCUUGGCAUGUUCUUCUCUAGUGGUUUGCAGGAAAUAAUGAAGCUGCGCAGCGUAGGACGUAACGCAGCGCGUCUCGUUAUAGUUCGCUGCUUCUCUAUCAUUGCGUGUUCCCUGCAGCAGGUUUUGCAUCAAGUCUACGGUGAGCCGCGUGAAGCAGAAGAAUUGCUUUCUAAGGUCAACGGAGAGGAUAAUGGAGUUUCAUCUGCAUAUUCUUUUAUACCUUUUUCGCGUGAUAUUCGGAUUGCUACCAACGCGGUGAUGAAGUGCAUUGAGCUUUUGACGAGUCCUAUGGAUGUACUUUCGAUGCGGUUCGCGGCACAGGUUUGCGUGGAUGUUCUAAAGCAGCUUCGUCAGUGUGUUACCUUUUUUGUGUAUCGGGCCCUCUGUGAGGAAAUGAGGCGUUUGCGCAUGAUGAGGGCUGAUGCCAGCGAUCCCGAUGAUCCGUCACUGGAUGCGGCAAAGCUGCAGCAAGGUGCUAAGCGGCGGGCACAAGAACUACGUCUUCAGAUGGGACCCUCUUUGCUUGCUAGUGUUGAACACCUCAUGAGUCUUGUCUGCUCCAGUGUGCGUUACUUGAUGUCGGUUGCCUCGCGGAAGGACGAUGUGUCCUCUCCAGAGGAACGGGGUCUGAAGAAAGAUGUAUGUGCAAACGUAUUUGCUUUGGUGCAGUGGGUGACACCCACAUCGUGGUUGAAUCGAUGCAGGCGGCAACCGUUAUCGGGGGGCAUAGGUGGCAGGGAACAGGAACCGGAUGUUGCCGCGGAACGAUCCCUUCGUAUCGGCUUUCCUCAGUCGGAGUCGUUUCCGGACUGGGACGGCAUGGAAACCACACACCUACUGUGUUAUCGAAUGGCCUGUUGCGUUAUGGACGCGGUGUUUCCCGUGGCAUUUUCGCCUGAAUACAUCGCCUGCGUCGCAGAGUAUUGUGGAGACCAGAAUGAAGGCCAACUGAUGGCCGUACGGGUGCUGAACGACACAGUAAAGAACUUGAUGGAAACAGACAUGGAGGAGUUUCGGCACGUGCUUGGGUGCUCGGCAUGGAGGAAACGGAUAGCGGAGGGCAUCCUGAAUUGCCUCGUGUCGCUAGAGCCGGCGGUGUUAGAGGCAGGCCUGGAUACGCUGCAGCGGAUCAUCGUGGGCUGCCCCGAGUGUGUGGGCUCAGAGGUGGGGUUUGUGUACACAGGCGGGGUCUUUGGGCUGCUGGAGUCGGACAGCACCCCACACAGGAUGCGGCGCCUGCUCCUUCGACAUGUUAUCAGCACAUUUUUCACACCCAUGAAGGACGUUGAACAGCCGUCACUGCUACUGCGCCUGUACCAACGGUUUGACCUGAACGUCCGUUGGCAUCAACUGAACGUGGUGCAGCAGGCCAUCGCGACGCUCUCAAAAACGGUACGCUGCGCCGCCCCAGAAGACUUCGCUGACGAAAAAGAAACGAAAAGCGACAACCAGGAGCCCAUCGUGCCGCAGAAGAGUCCGCCAUUUAUCGCUCUCCAAGGUCUUUCAUGGGCGGUGGAGCUGCUCUCUAGGCACAUCUCGCGGGACGGUGGUGGCGCGGGAGGCAAGACCUACCCAAGGAUUGAAAACCGUGACAGGAAACUAGAGGAGCAACGGGCGGUUGACGUCUUUAACAGCUCUCCCCUGAAAGGGAUCAAAAAGUUGUUUGAUGUCGCUGAUGACGAAAUGAACCCAACUGGGUAUAAAAACGUGGCCGAGAAGAAUUGGGCGCAUCAGCAUAUCCCACUACCAGCAUCUCACGCGACGGACACAAAAGUACACCGCAUAGCGCAAUUUCUGAUGGAGACGCCCUCGCUAAAUCCUGAAUCGGUUGCAGAGUUUCUCUCAUCCCCAGUGGUGCUUCCGUUGCAGGUGUGCCGGGCCUUUAUGGAGACAUUGCCGGUUGCUGGUAAAAGUCUUGUGGACGCAAUGCGGAUUUUAUUUACUCUGGUGCAACUGCCUAAAGAAGGACAGCGCAUUGAACGGCUACUUGAGUUUUUCUGCAGCGCGUACUUCAAGGCGAACUCGGUCGAGGGUGUAGAUGCCGAGAUGUUUCCGUUUAAAACUGAAAACGCGUGCUUUAUUGUGGGUGUGGCAGUCAUCAUGCUAAACACAAACCUGCACAAUCCACACGUUGCAUCUGCGAGAAUGACGGAUUCCAGCUUUUACGCUCAACUGAAGGGGUGCAACGAGGGUAAAGACUUUCCAGAGCAUUUCACAAAGAGCAUCUUUCAUGAAGUGCAUCUGCGCUCGCUCUCCAGUAUGAAGGGGUUCUGGUCAGCAGGAAUGAGUAGUGGGGUGCGGUAUGCAACGGUGCCGUUUCCGGGGAAAAUGGACUCCUUUUUUUUUCUGGUGAAGAGCGCCGUGAAUUGGCAUUUGAUGUCGUGCGGCAGCGUCUCCUCAGCGAGACCCGUGAGUUGGUGUACCGCUACAGUGGUGGUGACGUCCACUUGGAUGAGACGACGCCGAUGUGUUGGUGUUGCAUCACGCAGGAUUUGUUUCUUAGCACAUGGCCUUCGCUGUGCGCCGUCUUUGGUGUUGCUGUGCAUGGAGCCAAAGUGCCAGAGGAGGCCUUGA